GCGCACAGCCAAACCCAAAGACGCGGCCUUUGACCCGCCCCUCGCGCUGUCGCCGUCGCCGUCGCGCUGCCCAUGGCCGCGGAGGCUGCCUCGGCCCCGUCGUCCUCCUCCCACCCGCCCGCCGCGUUCCCGGCUACGCGCCAGGAAAUCCAGGCGGCCAUCGCCAAAGCCACGGAGCUGCGCGCGCUCCACGCCGCGCUCCUGCAGGGCGGCGGCGCCAAUGCCGCCGCGUGUGCCGCCUACGCUGGCGCCGGCGCCGGCGCUGGACGCAGCCCCGCCGUCAUCCGCGUGCCGCCCGCCGCGUCGCCGGCGUUCCCCAGGGCCGCUGCCGUCGCCGAGGACUACCCCGUCUUCACCCCGGCUUAUGGUGAAGAGCCUUUGGGUGGAAUGAACUACAUUCGCCAAGACAACCGGAGCCUAUCUGAGAACUGGAGCGGAAUCGGUCUAGACCAUGAAGGUGCUGAAGAUGAGGUGGCCUUCUCGGAUCUCGACAAUCACAACACCUUCUCUUCAUCAAACAGCGAGCUCCAUUUCUCUUCAUCAAAUGAGCAUAUGCGGAACAGAAUCCCUCGUAGAAACCAUCAUUCCUUCCUUCAUCCUGCUCUCUCCGCUGACAGUUUCCUCAAGUCGGCCAGCAGGGGAACAGAUUCAGCAGAAUCGAAGGCCACGACCACGUGCAACACUUGCAAGCCUGCGACAAUCAGCAGGGACCCUGAAGCUGAUGCCAAUGCUCCGAAGAACCUCAGCAGUGCUGUGCCACAGUCGAACCACCACCCCUCUGUCGGCUCGCGUACAAGGCAAAAAGGAACAAACGUGCUCUCAUGGCUGUUACCCAAGUCGAAGAGGAAGACGAAAUCGGACAUGUCACCGAGCACUGCCGAAUGUGAGAACAUGUCGCAGCUUCUCAAGGAGUGGGGGGUGUUUUCAGUAGAAUCUCUGAAGAAGGAGCUUGCGGAGGCCAAUGAGCAUAGGGACGCUGCUCUUCAAGAAGUUGGAGAGAUGAGAUCAUCUUUGGGAGAACUAACUAGCAAGCUGCUGAGCUUGGAAGCGUAUUCCACAGAACUGAAGAAGGCUCUAAAGAAAGCAACAAGCACGAAAAACGCGCAAUCUCACUCGAAGAGGUCAGCAAGGUCAGUGGGUGUCAGCAGGGACGAUUCAUUGCCCGUCAGCCAGGAAGUAAUGGUGGAAGGGUUCUUGCAGAUAGUAUCGGAAGCCCGUCUCUCCAUCAAACAGUUCUGCAAGGUGCUGCUCCAGCAAGUCGAAGACGCCGACAAUGGGCUGGCAGAUAAGCUGAACUUGCUCCUGCAGCCAUAUCAACUGACACUCGCCGACAAGCACUCGAAAGUGAUACUGUAUCAUCUGGAAGCUCUCAUGAACCAAGCGAUGUACCAAGACUUCGAGAACUGCACGUUCCAGAAGAACGGGUCGCCCAGGUGCCUCGACCUAAAGCAGGACCUCCAGGAGAACUUCGCGUCGUUCGUCGCGCUGCGCAACCUGAGCUGGAACGAGGUCCUGAAGAAGGGCACCAAGUACUACUGCGAGGACUUCAGCCGCUUCUGCGACCAGAAGAUGAGCUGCAUCGUGUCCACGCUGAGCUGGUCGUGGCCGUGGGCCGAGCAGCUGCUGCAGUGCUUCUUCGUGGCCGCGAAGUGCAUCUGGCUGCUCCACCUUCUGGCCUUCUCUUUCAGCCCGCCGCUGAUGGUGCUGCGGGUUGAGGAGAACCGGGCCUUCGACCCGAUGUACAUGGAGGAGAUCCAGGUCGAGAGGCAACGGUCGCAGCAGAACCUGUCUCGGGUGAAGAUCAUGGCGAUGCCCGGGUUCUACGUCCAAGACCGGGUGCUGAAAUGCAGGGUGAUCUGCAGAUAUAGCUAGACCCUGUAGUAUAGUCCUGAGCUGGUAUCAUGCCUCUUGGUUUUGUUUUGACUGAUCUAUCUUGUUAGUAGCGUGAUGUAGCAUUUGCCUCUCGCGUGCGGUUGAUACCAUCUGUAAGAAAUAUUUAUGCUAAUCCUUAACGGGUAGAUUGAUAGUUUUUUA